UAAAAUAACCUUUUUUUCGCUUUUUAGUCUUUUUCCUCAAGGUGCCGUGCAUUUCCGUGUAGGAGUCAACCAUACAUCGUCUUGUCAGAGCCUACCAAAAUGAGCUUGUUUCUUACCCUCCUGGGUAACGGGAUCGCUCUACUUCUCGUGGCAGCAGUAUCAUUCCACGCAUAUUUCCUGUAUUCCUACACAUACUGGUCUAAAAAGGGAGUACCGUAUCUAGAGCCAAAGUUUCCAUACGGAAACUGUACUAGUCUUUUCGUUAAGGGUAAAGGGUAUCCCGUAGGACUUUCAGACAGCUGCUACAAAAAAAUUAGGGAGAAAGUAUGGAAAGUCGGAGGAUUUUUCACAAUCGCCAGGCCGACACUUUUAGUAUUGGAUCCUGAAUAUGUUAGAGAUAUUUUGAUAAAGAUAGCUCAAGUCAGCAUCUUCUUCGUGGGAGGCUUUGAAGCAUCAUCGUCAACAAUGACAUUUGCUUUAUAUGAGUUAGCAAAACAUCCAGAGUUACAAGACAGACUUAGAGACGAGAUUAUGACAGUUUUAAACGAUAAAAAAGAACUAACUUAUCGAGUCCAUCAACGAAAUGAAGUACCUUCAGCAAGUUAUUGAUGGAUUAAGAUUUGCAUACAUGCAAACCAAAGUAGGGAUUAUAGAGACUAUACGGAGAUUUAAAUUGACAAUUAGUCCAAGUACCAAAAUG